AUGGGGCGGCCGCCGAGCAGCGGGGGGCCCGCGUUCCGGUUCACGCACGCGGAGGUGGCGGAGAUGGAGGAGCACCUCCGCCACCUCAACAACGCCAUCCCGCAGCGCAACGUCAUCCAGGGCCUCGCCGAGAAGUUCACCGCCUCCGCCGCCCGCGCCGGCAAGAUCCCCGUCCAGUACAAGCAGGUCUGGAACUGGUUCCAGAACCGGAGGUACUCGCAGCGGGCCAGGACCCCCAGGGGCGCGCCGCCGCCGCAGGGGAAGAUGCUGCCCACGGGGGCCGAGGAACACCACCCGGCCUCCUUCAGGGCUCAGGGGUCGUCCUCUUCGUACCCCGGAUCCCACUCAGGAAAGAGUGCUUCGGAUGGUGGCCAGGCCGAGUUUGAAGCAAAGUCAGCUAGAGAUGGCGCGUGGUACGAUGUUGCUGCCUUUCUGUCCCACAGGCUCUUUGAAACAGGGGAUCCGGAAGUAAAAGUUCGAUUUUCUGGAUUUGGGCCCGAGGAGGAUGAAUGGAUUAAUGUUCGUAAAUGUGUGAGGCUGCGUUCUCUUCCAUGUGAAGCUGCAGAAUGUGUUGCUGUGCUUCCUGGGGAUCUCAUUCUUUGUUUUCAGGAAGGCAAAGAGCAGGCCCUCUAUUUUGACGCUCGUGUUCUUGAUGCUCAAAGGCGCAGGCAUGAUGUAAGAGGGUGCCGCUGCAGGUUUCUUGUUCGUUAUGAUCAUGAUCACUCUGAGGAGAUUGUUCCUCUGAGGAAGGUAUGCCGUCGACCAGAAACUGAUUUCAGGCUCCAGAUCUUGCACGCAUCUAGAGCGGCGGCAUCUGCAGAUGCUCAGAAUGUUAGCCCAGUUGAGCAGAAACCCCAAAAGGCACACAAGAUGAUGGAUGUGAACACUGCCGAGGUGACCGUGGUCCGCAACCCAGAUCAAGGAGGGCCAUCUGACAAGCCGGCUGCUCCCUUGCCAGCUGCGCCUGCUGGCACCCACGGUGAUUCAGUUUCAGAUGUGCAGAUGGGGAGCGUGGAGGUUAUUCCAAAAGUUGAAGCCGCAAAUGAAGCACAUGACGACAAGAUGAACGUGGGAGCAUAG